UAAGGAACCGUAAUUAAAACCCGACAAUAAAUACACGAUUAUCGAUUUAUUGAGAUGCGGAUAUACAGUGAAGGCGGUGACUUUAUUCCGGAGCAUUUCGAUAUCCUACGGUUCUACGGUGAGACUUUAUUGUUCGCUUGGCAUGCGGACAAAUUGAAAGUUUGGAACUACGACGAUCCUGCAUGUGAUUCGAUUCCGCGGACGCUAUUGCCUCCGGGAGAAGUUAAAUGCGUUCAAAGUUUUAACGAGAGAAUUUUCAUCACAUGUGUCCCAUCGGGUGUUUACAAAUUGGCGAAAAAUGAUCAGUUCCUUCUACUGAGCAGAUCUGCGAUCAGUAUCGGCGCUAAAUCUAAUGAGGUCUUCAGUCUGAUGGAAGGCUACAUAAAACUGAUCGACAAACAGGGGAAAACGUCGAAGCUGAUACUGAAGCAUGAACCAAAAGAUGGCGCCACGACACUUUUUGUAGGACUCGGAGAUAACGUCGACAACGAUUUGCUAGCCGUUCUGCUAGAGAAGUCUGUUGGAAAUAGCGAUUUAUGCAUGUUCAGCAACGGGUAUGACAUUUAUAAAAUCACCCGAGACAUGGUGAAAAUUUUGUACAACUCCUCCAGCCCAGUCGUCGAUGUUUUGAAAAUUAAUAAGAACGGAAAAGUCGCAUCUCUACUUUACGUGACAAAGAAAAAGGCGGUUAUUCUUAUGUACGCUAAGGACAAGGAGCUUCGUUUUGAAAAAAUCAAAAUAAAUAAUGAGGUGAAGACAGCGUUUGCCAGCAUUGACGAAGUUUCAGAAAAUGUCGUGUGGAUCAUUUAUUCAGACGGUACGAAAACUUACAAAACACGUAAAGUCCUGGGCAAUGAUAAUCUCAAGAGCGUCGAGUUGAGUGCAAAGAAUAUUACCUGCCUACGCAGUCAUGGUUCUGAAAUUCUAGGACUGACUUCAAGCGGUGAAUUGGUGACCGUGGAAGCAAAAUUGGAUGAAAAAUUCGACGACACGGAUGUCAAAGAUAAGUUUGUAAACCUGAAACCUGAAAUGCUUGAAGAGAUUGAUUCCAUCGUCGAUGAGACUUGCCAAAAAGUCAAAGAGCUGCAAUCGAUCGACGAUGAGCUACUCGAGCGACAGAAUAUCCUGAAAAGAAUUGGCAUGGCUACUUGUGAACAGAAUAUUUUAGUCCCGAAACUGCGUGUGCGAAAGACGGCGAAACAAAUAGUUCUGAACUGUGAAUUCGAACAAUCUAUGCCGGAAAAAUGUCUGCUUUCAUUGUCGGUGAAAGCUUGCGGACGAAAAAUAUUCGUUACGAAACAAGUUACUGCUAAUGAAAAGCAAUUCGAACUCCCUGUUCCAGAUUCUAUGCUCGAUCGAGAGUCGGAUGUUACUACUGAUUUGAUCACCUUGGCAGAAGAAGGCUCCUCUUGGUGUCUAAUUAAAGAUUGCGUUAAGGACACAGCAGGCCAUCAGCCAAAGUCACAAAUACCUGAACACAAGAUCAAUUUUCUUAAUGCAAGACUGGCUGCAUUGCGAAAUCUGAAAAGCGAUGGCAAUCUGGACAUCGCGAAAUUAAAUUCUAUAAAAAAUAGUGUAAGAAAAGAAUUCAAUGUCGCUUAAAAUUAUUUCUUUUCAAUCGUAUUAUUUGAAUAAAUGUUUAUGUUAGUUACACACCUGACUGAAUUCCAAUAAACGGGAUCUUUUUAUA